UGACUCAGUGUGCUUUGCAAUUGCAACUAGACAUUUACUGUGCCUUAGUCUUUGUGUUGUUUCUUGGCUAUUUGGACCAUUUUCGUUUUUAUUAUUUUACUAAAUCGUUAAAAUCCACAACUACCAUGAAGGUUGUCAGUGCUACCUGCGCUCUGAAGAAAGUCUCCCAUGCUGGUGAGGAUGUGACGAGGUGCCUAUCCGAGCAGAGUCUGGCCAUUUCCAAAUGUAAGCUGCCGCUGCUUGAUGAACAGGUGAACGUGUUUCUGUACGACAUGAAUGGUUGUUAUACCAAGCUCAAAGAGCUGGUACCAACGCUGCCCCCUAACAAGAAGGUCAGCAAGAUGGAGAUCCUUCAGCACGUUAUUGACUACAUUUGGGAUCUGCAGCUUGAAUUAGAUGAGCAUUCGAGUAUGGUUCACCCAGGGGUAGUUAACUCCCGGACACCCCUCAGCACUCUAAAUGCAGAGCUCACCGCAAUUUCGGCAGAGGCUACAUGUGUUCCUGAUGACAGAAUUUUGUGUCGCUGAAGAAUGGACUCAUUUGCACUCGCAAAUUAAUAAACUGGCUUGGACAGUACACAGUAACAUCUUGUCUUCCAGGGCUUUGAGCCCAUGCUUCUGCAGCCCUCGAAGUCGGUUGAGAAAUAGAGGCGCUUGCCAGCUAGAAAUACUUAGAUGUGCAGAAAUCACCAAGGGACCACGGUUCUGCUCCGGGUUCACAAGUGCAAGAAUCUUGGAGAAGCAGUAACUAUAGCAACUCUCGUAGCAACGACCUUAGCAACAGCAUCCCAAGAUGUGAUGACAUGGGGAUUCGUUCAAGAGACUUUUAAAAAUGUGGAGAGAAUGCACUGUCAAUUGUGUAACUUAAACCUCUCAGAUAUCUGAGACUUUAGUAUAUUGUAUAUUACAAUGAUUUAUAUCGAUGAUUAAUAUUGUUUUACAAUGAAGCGUUUUUGUUAUUAAACAAAUUUAUUGAUUAUAA